AUGUUAUCCACAGUUGUAAAACCGAGGGAUAAGUGCUCAGCUUUCCUUAUUUGUCGUUGCUGGGUUUCUUCUGGUGCAGGUCCAAGAUGUUCCUCUGUAUGUGAGAAAAGCUGCUGGGGAGAAACUGCACAGGACUGCCAAACUCUGACCCGAAUUAAUUGUGCAUCGGGAUGUCAGCGAUGUAAAGGCCCUCUGCCCAAUGACUGCUGUCACGUGCAGUGUGCCGCUGGGUGCACAGGACCUAAAGACUCAGACUGUCUGGCAUGUCGUCACUUCAACAACAGCGGUGUGUGUAUAAAAGAGUGUCCUCCACCAACCAUCUAUGACCCCCUCACCUUUCAGACCAAACCCAACCCAAACAAGAAGUUCACCUUUGGAGCCACCUGCAUCAAGACGUGUCCUUAUAACUAUCUGGCAAUGGAAGUGGCCUGUACUCUCUUUUGUCCCCGAGACAACCAGGAAGUUAUCAUCAGCAACCCUGACGGACUGGAGACGCAGAAAUGUGAACCCUGUAGAGACGACUGUCCCAAGGUGUGCUACGGUCUGGGUAUGGACAACCUCGGUGUCAUGGACAAACACGGCAUCACCAUGGUAACGUCUUCUAAUGUGGAGAAGUUCAACAAGUGCAAGAAAAUCUUUGGUAGUCUGGCCUUCCUCCCUCAGAGCUUUGCAAGGGACCCUGUGACCAACACAUCAGGCCUGAGUUUGGAGCAGCUGAGUGCCUUCAAGAGACUGGAGGAGAUUACAGGUUAUUUGUACAUCGACGCCUGGCCAGAAGAGUGGACCGACCUCAGUGUGUUUGAGAACCUGAAGGUGAUCAGAGGCAGAAUGCUCUACAAGGGUGUGUUUUCACUGGCCGUCCAGAAUCUCCACAUCCGUUCUCUUGGGUUGCGAUCGCUACGCAGCGUCAGUGGAGGUUUGGUCUUAAUGUACAACAACACUCAGUUGUGCUACACUAAUUCUCUGCCCUGGGAGACCCUGAUCCAUCCCACCCAGGGACCCCAUCGAAUCGUCAGCCACAACCAGGACCCCCAAGUCUGUGAGGCAACGGGGAAUGUGUGUCACCCGCUGUGUGAAGGAGGCUGCUGGGGUCCGGGGCCCAGCCAGUGUGUGUCCUGCAAAACCGUCAAACGUGGCCAUGAGUGCGUGGAGCAGUGUGACAUCUAUCAGGGGUCUGUGCGUGAAUACACAGACGGAUCCGAGUGCAAUGCGUGUCAUCCAGAGUGUCGACCUCUCAAUGGCUCUGCCUCCUGCCACGGCCCGGGUGCAGAAGAUUGCACAGAGUGUCUGAACUUCCAGGACGGUGAGUUUUGCGUGGCGAGCUGCCCCAGUGGUGUGAAGGAGGAUCAGCAAACUGUGUGGAAGUACAGCAAUGCCACUGGGCACUGUCUGCCCUGCAACACCAACUGUACACUGCCCUGCACUUUCAUGGAUGAGAGAGGCUGCCCCAUCGACACCAGGACAGGGCCCGGUACGACCAUCGUGGCUGCAGUGGGUGGAGUGGUGCUCUUCUUCAUCCUGCUGGCUCUGCUGGUCUUUUACCUGAGAAGACAGAAUAAGCUAAAGAGGAAGGAGACGCUGAGGAGGAUCCUGCAGGAGCACGAGCUGGUGGAGCCUUUAACGCCGAGCGGUGCGUCACCCAAUCAGGCUCAGAUGCGCAUCCUGAAGGAGACAGAGUUGAAAAAGCUCAGGGUGCUGGGUGCAGGGGCCUUUGGUACUGUCUACAAGGGAGUGUGGGCUCCUGAUGGGGAAAAUGUGAAAAUACCAGUAGCCAUUAAGGUGUUGCGAGAAAACACCUCCCCGAAGGCCAACAAAGAAAUCCUUGAUGAGGCCUAUGUGAUGGCGGGGGUUGCCAGCCCGUAUGUGUGCCGCCUCCUGGGGAUCUGCCUGACCUCCACAGUGCAGCUGGUCACUCAGCUGAUGCCGUACGGCUGCCUCCUCGACUACGUCAGGGAGAACAAGGACCGCAUUGGUUCCCAGUUCCUCCUCAACUGGUGUGUCCAGAUUGCCAAGGGGAUGAGUUAUUUGGAGGAGGUACGGUUGGUUCACAGAGAUCUGGCCGCGCGAAACGUUCUGGUGAAGAACCCGAAUCACGUGAAGAUCACUGACUUUGGUCUGGCCCGUUUGCUCGAUAUAGACGAGACCGAGUAUCACGCUGAUGGAGGGAAGGUGCCCAUUAAAUGGAUGGCCCUGGAGUCUAUUCUGCACAGACGGUUCACUCAUCAGAGUGACGUCUGGAGCUACGGAGUGACAGUUUGGGAGCUGAUGACGUACGGUUCUAAACCCUACGACACAAUACCAGCGAGGGAAAUACCAGAUGUUUUAGAGGGUGGGGAGAGACUUCCUCAGCCCCUCAUCUGCACCAUCGACGUCUACAUGAUCAUGGUCAAAUGUUGGAUGAUCGAUCCAGAGAGCAGGCCCAAGUUCAGAGAUCUGGUCAAUGAGUUUACUGCCAUGGCCAGAGACCCACCUCGCUAUGUAGUCAUUCAGAACGACGAGGACAUGAGCAAGUGCAGCCCGGUGGACAGUCGGUUUUACCGGAUGCUUCUGGAGGAGGGGGACAACGUGGGGGAAAUGAUGGACGCUGAGGAGUAUCUGGUGCCGCAGCCAAACCUCUUCACCAGGACGAAGGGAGACGAGCCGCAGGCCAACGGACCGUCCAGACACCAGUCGUACAGGCAGAGCAGAGAUCAGGGCUUAGACGUUGAGCCCUCCAUCGCCGGUGGUCCUCGGAGCAUGUACUCGUCCCUGAGCACUCUGGGUCGCAGCCAGUACCCGACCUUACCGUCAGGAGCCAGCACCUCCAACGGUCUGUGGCCUCAGUACCCGACGCUGGCUCGCAGCCCCUCAGCCGGAGGCCAGUCUGACUCGGUCUUCCUGGACGGGCCUCCAGACGGCCACUCAUUGCCCCCCGCCAGCCCUGGACGCUACUGCAAAGACCCCACCUACCCCAACGGUAGCCAGGGAGACCUCGAGACCGACGGGCCGAAUGGCUUCCUCCACCCUCAUCACCUCCAUCACUCACUGCCCAGGCGGAGUCACGGCCACAAUCAUAAUCAUGCCUUACCAGAGUACGUCAACCAGGAAAUUAGGGAUCUCAGACCAGGGAUCCCCGAGCGGCCGAGCACGCUGCCUCGUAAAGGCUCCAGAGUAGACCGACGGCUCCCUAACGGACUGAGCUCUGGUCACAGUGUGGAAAACCCCGGAUACUUGGUCCCUGUGAGCUCCCCGAACUCCAUCUCUCCUGCUUUUGACAACCCGUACUACCUGGACCUUGUGGCCAAAGCCAAAGUGGCACCAGGAGCAGCAGUGGUGGACGGACCUACAGCACUGGAGAGCAACGGAGGAGUUGGCCGGCAUAUGAACGGGUUUUUGACCCCCACCGCAGAAAACCCAGAGUAUCUCGGACUAGCGGACACCUGGAGCGGGCACACCUGAGGAGAGGGACCGGGAGCUGAAAUGGAAUCACAGAGGGAAAUGAGAGAAAGGGAAGAUGGAUAUUUAUGUGACAGAAAUGAACUGGGUGUGUGUUUGAAACUGGCUGUUGUAAGGGCAUGUGGAACCGAACUCUCUCUCCAUAUCGACAAAAGCACCCAAACCGGUCAAGGCCGUCUGUCAGAAGUCACCAAAUCACCAAGUUGUGACACACAUUGACUCAGCGCAGUGUAGCAAUAAUAUGGUGUCUAUGGCAUCAUUUGUAUUCAUUUCUUCUUGUUAUCAAUCUGUGACUGUUAAGUGCCAAAAGGAGGAUUACUCAGCCUCCGCAAAUAACUCGAUAAGCAAAGUUCACCUGAGUCAACAACCCGUCACGGUACGAGAAGAAUCUGAUCAUCACAGAGUCAUCCGACUGGAUUCAUGAAUGCUGAUUUUUUUUUUUUUUUUUUAAGGACAUUUUCUUUUAAUUUGUUCAGUUUCUGUGGUUGUUUCCACGACAUGUGAAUCAUCUGUUAAAUUUCCUUCAGUUCCCUCAUGCUUUUGGAUUUGCUUCUCAACUCAGCUGAGCAGAGAAAAACAACAUAUAGAACACUGACAAAGUGAGCCAUGAUAUGCAUUGAAGACGAUGUUUAGUAUUCUGGUCACUUUCUCCCAGACCUGAUGGGGGUCUUUAAUACUCUCAAAGCCAUUUUGUUUUGGACAGAGAAGGCCCUGCAGCCCAUCUGGCCAGUAGAAAUGUUCCCUGAAAGAAAGGCAUCCUGUAUGGAGAAGACAGCGGCAUUGUGCCGCACUGAUGUAUGUGGUUGUUGGUGUCUGUGGCUGCAGCUACUUUGUGGUACGAGGAAUCUGUUAUGAGGUACGAGCAGACUUUGUAAGCUACAAAGAUAUCAGAAAUUCUAUUUUUUUUGUAAAGAGAUAGUGAAUAAGUAAUUAAGUUAAAGCAAACUUUUCAGGGACUGUCAGUUUUUCAGAGAAGCAGGCAGAAUGACUUCUGUUCAGUCUUGCAAACUGCACUACAUGUUAGGGUGCUAUGUUUUGCCCUCCAAGCUUGUGUUACCACAGUGAGCCUUCUGGGUAUCGUAGCUUUCCACUGUGCAAGAUGUGAAGAAUCUGCAUGAAUAUACACAAGUGUUUCCUUUUACGAAACGAAAAGCAGCCCUGCUGUUUGUGUUUUUGUGCAAGAGUGAGCAAUUCACCAGACACUGGAGCUGAAUGUGAUUCUGAGGAGGCAACAACAUUGCUCUGCUCCAUUUGGAUAAUCAAUGCAUGGCUCGAAUUCCACUCAGCACGAACACACUGGCAUCCCAGUUAAUAAUCAACAGCAUUUUUUUCAAGGCUGUUUUUUUUCAUGUUAACUGGUGUUGGGCUGGGGGAGGUCACAACCGAGUCAAUGCAGCCAUUGUCUGACCCUCAUGUCCUUGUCGGAAAGUCAGCGCUGUCCUAACUCACACAUCCCAACAACGCCGUCGUCACAGGUUCGGAGAGAAAGAAGCAGUUUGCAGAGUUGUGGGACUCGGCAGCAGAAUGUGGUUCACUGGAGGCUUGUAAUCCUGGACAGGUCUUGAAAAACAGUGGGUGAUUUUCUCGUCUCCCCUCGCGUACUAAACAAACUGCAGCUUCAUCAUCCAGCUGCAAACAACUACUACUGAGUUUCAACACUAAGCAUUUUCAAGACAAACCUCUCUGAGAUGUGUGUGUACAUAUAAAUAUAUGUGUAAACGCUCCACAUAGUGAGUGCAGUGUGUCAUCAGUGGGAGGGCUGAGAUGUUUGUCAGAAUGUGUACAACUCCCCCCAGCACUCACAGAUUUCACUCUGAAAGUCUUUUAUCUUGAUGUUCUCAUACGGGUUUUGAAGAGUUUUGUUCCAGAAUAAGAUCUCUGAAAAAUACACCUGAUUUUAGAUUACAAUUUCUUACAUAUAAAUGAUGUGGUGUUGUUUUUUCUUUUUCUUUUUUUUAAAUACAAAGAUUUUAUUUUAAUACCAUCAACUGUCAUAUACUAACAUUAUUUAGAAUGAGACUGUUUUUGAAGUUUUGAGUGAUAAGAUUCACAUAAUCUCUGUUCAUCUUUAUAUUAUGAUGAAUGUACAGCGUAGUGUUUUGGAAUGAAACCCUUCAAAAGUA